AUGUCAAUCAUUGGUAAUUUUACUAAAAUCUAUACAUUUAAAUCAUCCGAUAAUGUGUUGGCAUUUCUAAUGAUGCGAGGAGUUCCCAAUGAUAAAGCUGUCAAAUGGUCUAAACUUAAAUCGGGAAUAGAUAUCAUCAAAGAGGGUAACCUGUUUACCAUUAGACGGUACCGGGAUAUUGAUGAACAGUCACAUGAUAUUAGUUUCGAGUUGGACAAGGAGUUUGAUGAAACCCGACCCAAUGGACAGACAGUUAGGAGUAUUGUUGUCGCCGGUGGUAAUGAUGGCAAUCAAUUAAUUAAGACCCAAUUGGGCGACAAUGAGACAAAAUUUGUCUAUGAUUUUAAUGAUAAUAAAUUGGUGAUUACCGGCACCUAUACUAGCAAUGGACUACAGGCCCAGUGGAUAUACACCUCUACUAAACAAUUAGAUAACUAA